AUGCUCUAUGGAAGACCAGAAGCCAUCGUACAAGCGGUCAUAAGAAAGAUUCGUUCGUUACCAUCUCCGAACAUUGAAAAGCUUGAGACAGUAGUGAACUUUGCACUUACGGUGGAGAAUUUGGUUGCUACCAUACAAGCUUGUGAAGUAAAUGACUUUGUAUACAACGCAUCACUUCGUUAUGAGUUGGUAGGGAGGCUACCGUCCACACUGAAGCUCAGUUGGGCCAGGUUUUCGAGAGGAAAUCCUGCUCCGAACCUUCUAGAUUUUAGUACGUGGCUGUACGAGACAGCAGAAGACGCUAGUGCAGUCAUAGACAUCGUAAACAUCGAAAAUCGACCGCGUGGUACUAAACGGGAUGGUUUCUUGAAUAUUCAUUCGGAGCUGAACAGCGAGGAAUCGGAACCAGCCAACCUACAGCAGAAACCAUCUGAACUAAUUAUUACCGAGACGAAGAAGUGCAUGGUAUGCAAAAAGGAUUGUCACUCGGUAGGGAAGUGCAAACAUUUCGUGGAAUUGAGCUACGAUGCGAGAUGGGCGACGGUAAGAGCGGGCAAGCUGUGUCGAAAAUGUUUAUGUAAGCACAACGGAUCGUGCAAACAAGCGAAACCAUGUAGUACUGACGGCUGCACAUAUUUACAUCACCCGCUGUUACACGACCGCGGAGACAAUCGUUCCGAUGAACCAUCCAUACACCCUAUCGAAAGUAAUUGUAACGUGCAUCAAACGCAGUCGGAAAUCUUGUUCCGAAUUGUUCCAGUUAUCUUGCAUGGUCCAACAAAGACAAUUCGAACUUACGCUUUUUUGGAUGAUGGCUCCGAACUCACGCUUUUAGAACGCGAUUUAGCAGAUGAGCUUGGUUUGAAAGGGCCUACGAGUUCUUUAUGCCUCAAAUGGACAGGCGAAACUACGAAGACGGAAAACAGAUCACAGAGCGUGAAUCUUCGUAUUUCCAGCGUGACGAAUCCUUCAAAGAGCUACGGCCUUUCCAACGUUCGAACGAUUGAUAAUCUACAAAUCCGGCCACAAACGCUUUUAAUCUCAGAAUUGCAGCAAAGAUUCCGACAUCUUUUAGGACUACCUAUAGAGUCAUAUAAUCUCGUCAGUCCACGAAUUCUCAUUGGUCUAGAUCAUGCCAGCCUUGGGUUCGCGAUGAAGAGUCGCGAAGGUCAGCGUAACGAACCGAUCGCUGUAAAAACACGCCUAGGAUGGAUAGUAUUCGGCAGUUGCGUAGAAGGCACAAGGGCUGAACAAUACGUGAACUAUCACACGUUGCAGGUAUGUCCAUGUAACCGAGAGGAAGGCGAAGAUCUUCACGAAACUGUAAAGAGCUACUUUGCCCUCGAUAGCCUAGGAAUUUCGAAGCCUAAAGAACUACUUCUGUCGCACGAAGAUCAACGAGCACAGUCAUUGUUAGCAUCGCUCACUCGUCCUUCUGAUGGGCGCUUCGAAUCCGGACUUCUGUGGAAAUACGAUACCGUACGACUUCCGGAUAGCUCAUCAAUGGCAUUGCGAAGAUGGAGAUGUUUAGAAAAUCGUUUAAUGAGAGAUUCAAAGUUAGCAUGUGAGUUGAAAGCAAAAAUUCAGCAUCAUAUCGAUAAAGGCUACAUACGAAAGCUUUCGACAGCAGAGUUGAACACAAAACGCUCUCGAGUCUGGUACCUUCCAAUAUUUCCUAUUGUUAAUCCGAAUAAACCGGGUAAAACGAGGUUAGUAUGGGACGCAGCUGCCACGGCCUAUGGCGUCUCACUCAAUUCAGUCUUGCUAAAAGGUCCAGACCAGUUAACAUCCCUACUUUCCGUGCUGAUCCAAUUUCGAGAAUUUCGAAUAGCGGUAUGUGGCGACAUACGUGAGAUGUAUCACCAAGUAAAGAUUCGCGAAGACGAUCAGCACUGCCAACGUUUCCUUUGGAAGACAUGCGAGACAGAUACAGAUCCUAGCGUCUACAUAGUACAGGUUAUGACCUUCGGUGCCUGCUGUUCGCCAAGUACGGCACAAUACGUGAAAAACUAUAAUGCGCAAAGAUUUCAGAAGGAAUAUCCAACAGCCGUUAACGCCAUUAUAAAUCAACACUAUGUCGAUGACAUGCUUAUCAGUGUAGAGUCAGAAGAAGAAGCUAUACGAAUUGUUCGAGAUGUACAAAGAAUUCACAGGUCAGCAGGUUUUGAGAUGCGGAACUGGACGUCAAACUCAACUAAAGUUAUUUCCGCCAUGAACGAAACUGGUCUCGUCGAAAAAGGUCUCAGCAUCGGCGACGAACACAUCACCGAAAAGGUUCUAGGAAUGUGGUGGAACACAUCAACCGACUGUUUCACUUUUAAAAUGUCAUCCCGAUAUGACCAGCAACUGAUUCGAGGGCAGCGACGACCAACGAAACGCGAAGUACUCCGUACUCUAAUGAUGAUCUUCGAUCCACUAGGUCUAAUCGCGCAUUUCUUGAUGCAACUGAAAACAAUUCUACAGGAAAUUUGGCGAAGCUCGGUCGACUGGGAUGAUCCCAUUGAUGAAUCCCAGUUUCGAAAGUGGACUGAAUGGAUAGCAAUGUUACCACAUGUAUCGUCUAUUGAAAUUCCUCGGUGUUAUCGAACCUUUACACCCGCUACAAAGGAAACACAGGUACAAAUGCAUACGUUUGUUGACGCCAGUGAGAAUGGUUUCGCGGCAGUGGUUUAUUUACGAUUUCAAAACGAAAGUACAAUCGAAUGCUGUUUAGUAGGAGCAAAAACUCGAGUGGCUCCGCUCAAAUUCCUUUCGAUUCCAAAAUCUGAACUGCAGGCUGCGGUACUAGGCGUGAGAUUGGCGGAUACUAUGGCGAAACCAUUAGCUAUCAAGAUCAAACAGUGCUUUUUUUGGACUGAUUCUAGAGACGUUCUCUGCUGGCUCAAUUCCGAUCAUCGCCGAUACAGUCAAUUUGUUGCAUUUCGCGUCAGUGAAAUCUUAGAAACGACGAACGUUCACGAGUGGCAAUGGGUACCAACAAGGCAGAACGUAGCCGACGACGAAACGGAUUACAUACGCCAUUCGACGUAG